GAGGGUGGCUGGAAACUGAAGAAGCCAUGGAGAGGGACGGUGCUGCCUUCGCGCCGGCAGCAGACCCCACGCAGCACUUCCACGCGGCCCUGCUGGAGCAGAGGCAAAGGCUGCGCGGCCAAAUCACGCACCUCCACCAGGCAGCUCGGAAACUGAGCCAGCUCCGCCGCAGCUCCCUGAUCGCCAACGUCAGCGGGAGCACCCUGACGGCCGCCGGGGCACUCACGGCCAUCCUGGGGCUGUCCCUGAGCCCCGCCACGCUCGGGGCCUCUCUGCUGGCCUCGGCCGUGGGCCUGGGCCUGGCCACGGCUGGCGGCGCCGUCAGCAUCACUUCCGACCUCUCCUUGGUGCUCUGCAAUUCCCGGGAGGUGAGGAAGGUGCAGGAAAUUGCGGUGACUUGUCGGAAACAGAUGACAGAAAUACUGGGCUGCCUGGAGUUCCUUCGCCGGGGGCAGGGCCCAGGCGACCCUGCUCUGCGGCAGUCAGAGAAGAGGGCAUCCAUCUCGCUCUACAACUCCGUCUGCUUCAUGGUCCUGUGCGGCUCCCACAGCUUCCUCGUGCCAGAAUACACAAAGGAGGUCACUAAAGUAAGCCAGGCUGUGCUGAAGGCCAAAAUCCAGAAGCUGGCUGACAACCUUGAGACCUGCACCAGGGCAAUGGAUGAAGUCUGUGAUCUUCUGGAGUCCAGAACACAGCUUUCCCCACGCACAAGGAGAUUCAGCUUGGGUGCUAAAACCACUGCCGAGAUCCUGAGACCCUCCAGCUGAAACAGUGUUUGACCCACAUUAAAACUGGGUUUGGAGGCAUUACACUAUUUACUGUGACCAUUAGCACUGCCACCUGUUGUUUUUCAGUUCACGGUGCUGGUGCUGUGAGGUGGACGUUCUGCAGACCCCUUUUCCCCCAACCAUCUCCACUGCUCUGCUUCCCCAAGGCAGCAAAAAGAAGUAGGUCAGGAGGCAGAUGAAAUAUCUAAUGCUGACUGAACCUGGUUUGUAAACAGCUUAUGAAUCUGUGUGUGGUACAAGGGCUGGAGUACCCUAAAAAAGCCAGCAGCUGCCAACUUCCAGUAGAGUACAACCCCAUUACCAAGGUACAUCUGGAAAGGCUGUAGAAAGAAGCAGCUCCAGAUAUGACAGACUGUAUGGAUAGUUCACCA